GCUGCCGUAGCGGUGCAGGCCGCCGUGCGCAUGCGCAGGAGGUGCUGGCGGCGGGGUUACCUGGGCGCUGUAGCAGCGGUGCAGGCGCCGCGCAGUCCGGGAUGAGCGCGGCCGAGGCCGACCGCUGGGCGUGGCUGUUGGUGCUCUGCUUCGUGUUCGGGUGCAACGUGCUCCGGAUCCUGCUGCCGUCGCUCUCCUCCUUCGUUUCCAGAGUGCUGCAGAAGGAUGCAGAGCAGGAGUCACAGAUGAGAGCCGAGAUCCAGGACAUGAAGCAGGAGCUGUCCACCGUCAACAUGAUGGACGAGUUUGCCAGAUAUGCCAGGCUGGAAAGGAAGAUCAACAAGAUGACGGACAGGCUCAAAACUCAUGUGAGAGCUCGGACAGCUCAGCUAGCCAAGAUAAAAUGGGUCAUAAGUGUUGCUUUCUACGUACUGCAAGCAGCACUGAUGAUCUCGCUCAUUUGGAAGUAUUAUUCUGUCCCUGUGGCUGUUGUACCAAGCAAAUGGAUCACCCCGCUGGACCGCCUGGUGGCCUUUCCUACUAGGGUAGCAGGCGGUGUUGGAAUUACCUGUUGGAUUUUAGUCUGUAACAAAGUCGUGGCUAUUGUCCUUCACCCCUUCAGCUGAAAAGGAGGGUUCGCACAGCCACAGAGGGGAAGAAAUGACUUCGUGAGGUCAAAGAACUAAACACGGAAGUCCGCAGGUUCUUAUUUCUGUUGUCGUAAAAUGUUUCUUCGUAGAUGAAUCGUGAUUUUUCCACACUUUUCAUUGAGCCAGAAAGGCCUGUCAUAGUCCGUCAGGCCUAGCAACCGGCACAGGGCAGCUGCACGCUGGUGCUCAGGAUCUGCCCUCUUGGUUCUGUUGAAAACUGGAGUCAUAAUUUUCUAACAACUCUGACAGUGUUGUUUUGCAUUGUAGAAAAUAACUUACUUUCUUGUUGUUUUUGAGACAGGGUCUCCUUGUAGCCCCAGCUGGCCUGGAGCUCUCUAUGGAGAGCAGGCUGGCCCCCAUCUCACAGAACUCUGCCUGCCUCCCUCUCCUGGUUGCCCGUGCCAACAUGAUGGACUGAAGUAACUUUAAAUACCACUACUGGAAGCCGAAAUGUUUAAUCUGGGGCAGGACAACUAGGGUAACACCAGCAGAUGCGCUCGCGAGUCUCCUCUGCUGUACUGCCAUUGUUCUAUAAGCAUUCAUUCAGUGUGAACUUGUUGAAAGCAGCGUUUGUUUGCACCUGUUCAUUUGUCAUUACAGUGGUUUGUACAUGUGUUAUGAGACCAUGAUGUAUUGUUUUGUGCUUGGAUUCUGUCUUUAAGUCUUUCAAAUGAAGUCUAGUUUUAAAGCCUUCAGUAUUUAUUUAUGCUCUACAGAAUGGGACACGGUAAAAAACAAGGUAGGCGUCUGAUUAAAUUAACCUGAACUGAUAAUUUGUUUGUCCUAUAAAGUAUAGUCCCACUGACAGUUUGUUUUUUUGUUUGUUUGUUUGAGACAGGAUCUCACUAUGUAGCCCUUACUGGCCUGGAACUCCCCAUGUAGACCAGGCUGGUCUUGAGCUCACUGAGAUCCACCUGGCUUGACCUCCCAAGUGCUGGGAGUACAGGCGUGGCACCACACCCAGCUGCUGACUAUUUUUGAAGCACUUUUUCUGAUGAUGCUCGUAAGUGCUAGCAGGAAUUUCUCCCUUGCAGCCUCAUUUGCUGUGAGCGGUCUGUUACUGACAGGUAGCUGGGGGCCCGGGUCCUUGACUGUGGGGAACUGGGCAGAAAAGCUGCCUCCUAGCACCAGAGGGAUCAUACUUAUAUUGUUGUGUUUUUAACGACCUCGUAAGGAGCUCAUUGUUACUUUGACUGGUUGUGCUGUGGAAAGGCCAGUGCUGUGGCCCUUGGGUUUGCUGUCAAACUGAAGACCCCCAGGGCAGGUUUGUGGUUCCGGUUACUUAAACUCACCACGGGCUUACCCAAGAUUGUGUGCCCGUGUUUAUAAUGUGGAUCAGGGAGCACAGCAGCACGCAUAGCCAGCUGCAUCAGGACUUGGACGCUAGUUCCCGGCAUCCUCGCCAUGCACAAGACACACCCACACGGAUGAGAAGUUGACCUGAGAAGAAAACAGCAGCACGGUGGAGCUCAGGUGCCUCCAUGGAUCCUGCUCCGAGGGCAUGCGCCUCACUGCCUUUUGUAGUGGGGUGCAGGCUGGAGCGAUGGGCUGUGUUGGCAUCCCAGGAGCCACUUGGAACACUAAUCAGAAUAGAGGAUCCAGGCCGGACCCCUCUCAAAGACAUGAUCUCAGGUGACCCUGUGGAGUUUGGGGAAUGACAGAUCCCAGGAGGCUGCAGAAAGGUGGUUUGUUUUGGUUCCCAGCUAUCAGCUCUCCCCUGGUGCAUUCAUGUCCAUGACACCAGAGCUGUGGGUUUCACAUCAAGGUGGGUGCUUUUCUUCCCGAAAUUGUAUUUGUUUAAAAAUGGAUAAUAAAUGAAGGAAGGGGGUUCAGUGGAAAGUG